UUCUCCACCCGCCGCCGCCGCGCAGUGGCGACCGCCUGGGCUAUGGAGGGACCGGGCGGAAGGAGCGCUCAGCUGAACGGCGGCGGAGGAGGCGGCGGAGGAAGAAGAAGAGGAGGAGGAGGAGGCCGAGGCCUAAAGGGGCAAGCAUGGCGGAGUAUGGAAACUUUACUGCGUGUCGGGAUUCUGUAGAAAGCCCCCCCAGCCCAUCCGGUUGCACUGCCCCUGCUUUUCCCUCUGUUCCUUUGUGCAAUGAGCGCGUGGCUGCUUCUGUGAUGUACUCCCCAGAGUGCAAGGCGGAGGUGACUCCCUCACACAAUGGCAACCGCACCUUCAGCUACACGCUGGAGGACCACACCAAGCAAGCCUUCAGCAUCAUGAACCAGCUGCGCCUGAGCCAGCAGCUGUGCGACGUCACCUUGCGGGUCAAGUAUCGGGACAAUCCUCCGGCCGACUUCCAGGCCCACAAGGUGGUGCUGGCUUCCUCCAGCCCUGUCUUCAAGGCUAUGUUCACCAUGGGCCUCCGGGAGCAGGGCAUGGAGACGGUGACCAUUGAAGGCAUCCACCCCAAAGUGAUGGAUCGCCUCAUCGAGUUUGCCUACACCGCCUCCAUCUCGGUGGGCGAGAAGUGCGUCCUGCACGUCAUGAAUGGGGCGGUCAUGUACCAGAUUGACAGCGUGGUCAAAGCCUGCUGUGACUUCCUGGUGCAGCAGUUGGACCCCAGCAACGCCAUUGGCAUUGCCAGCUUUGCCGAGCAGAUUGGCUGCACGGAGCUGCACCAGCGGGCACGAGAGUAUAUCUACAUGCAUUUUGGGGAGGUGUCCAAGCAGGAGGAAUUCUUCAACCUCUCGCACUGCCAGCUGGUGACUCUGAUCAGCCGGGACGAGCUGAACGUGCGCUGUGAGUCCGAAGUCUUCCACGCCUGCAUCAACUGGGUGCGCUACGACUGUGAGAACCGGCGGCUCUACGUCCAGGCCCUGCUCAAGGCCGUGCGCUGCCACUCGCUCACCCCAAACUUCCUCCAGAUGCAGCUGCAGAAGUGUGAAAUCCUCCAGUCGGACUCGCGCUGCAAGGACUACCUGGCCAAGAUCUUCCAGGACCUCACUCUGCACAAGUCCACCAAGGACAUGCCCUGCCGCGCGCCCAAAGUGGGCCAGCUCAUCUACACGGCCGGCGGCUACUAUUGCCAGUCUCUCAGCUACCUGGAAGCCUACAAUCCAUGUGAUGGCUCCUGGAUACGGCUGGCUGACCUCCAGGUGCCCCGCAGUGGCCUGGCCAGCUGCGUAGUGGGGGGGCUGUUCUACGCCGUGGGGGGGAGGAACAACUCCCCGGAUGGCAACACGGACUCCAACGCCAUUGACUGCUACAACCCCAUGACCAACCAGUGGUCUCCCUGUGCUCCCAUGAGUGUGCCUCGCAACCGGAUUGGCGUGGGAGUGAUUGAUGGCAUGAUCUACGCCGUGGGAGGCUCCCAUGGAUGCAUUCAUCACAACAGCGUGGAGAGGUACGAUCCAGAGCGCAAUGAGUGGCAGUUAGUGGCAGCCAUGCUAACGCGUCGGAUUGGCGUGGGGGUGGCUGUGUUGAACCGCCUCUUAUACGCCGUGGGUGGCUAUGAUGGCACCAGCCGCCACAGCUCAGUGGAGUGCUACUACCCUGAGCGGGAUGAAUGGAAGAUGAUUGCCCCAAUGAGGACUAUCCGGAGUGGAGCAGGGGUGUGUGCCCUGAAUAAUUGCAUCUAUGCCAUGGGAGGCUAUGACGGCACAGACCAGCUGAACAGCAUGGAGCGUUACGAUGUGGAGACGGGCACCUGGUCCUUCGCUGCACCCAUGAAGCACCGCCGGAGUGCACUUGGGGUGACUGUGCAUCAGGGCAAGAUCUAUGUGUUGGGUGGCUAUGGUGGUGACACCUUCCUGGACAGUGUCGAAUGUUACGAUCCUACCACUGAUACUUGGACCGAGGUGACAAGCAUGACUUCGGGUCGUAGUGGGGUGGGCGUGGCCAUCACCAUGGAGCCAUGCCGCAAACAGAUGGAUGAGCCGAACUGCCACUGUUAAGGGUUGCAAAGAGGGUGGCAUUUCCCUCUAUGUGGAGGAAGGAAAAUGAAUGGGCAAGGAGUCAGUAUUAAGACACACCUGCUGCUAAGUCCUGUUCUGCCAGAGUCGAGGAAAAGUGCCAAGGAUGGGUGACACUUCAGAACCCAUUUAAACUACUUGUGAAAUAGCCACAGCAGAGAACAGCCUCUGCUAUAGGCCCUGUUUAGCAGGAGAACUGUAGCUGCUGAUUUGUUACUUCUCUGUGUCUGCCCCGCCUACUCCUGGGCUUGGGGAACGAUGCAUCAGUCAAGAAGAAGCAACUGGUCUAUGAGAACUGGAGGAGGGAGCUUGAUGCUCACGGCACACUUCAGAUUCCCUGCCCUGAAUGACCUUGCAGGGAAUAAUUUAGUGAUGGGUUGCCCCCCCAUCCCCACUGACUUACUAGGUUUCUGUGGGCGGGUGGGUGUGUCUUGUACAUAGGGUGUUCCUGCCCCUUUUGGAAACGUGUUUCUACAGCCACCUUGACAGCAAAUUCAAGUUUGGAUUUACUCAAAGUUCUUUUUGUUCCCCUAUCCCUACUAGCAAGUUCUUGGGGGAUUUGUUAAAGUUCAAAAGGAAGAAGCUACCAGGGUGGGAGGGAGGGCUGUUAAAGUUUCUCUUCUCUAGCUCAUGUUCUGCAGGUAAGUGAAAAUAAGUAAGGUAGGUAAGUGGGUGCGAGAGCUCAAGUGGACUCUGACCUAUGCAGCUUUUAUAUUCUCCAGAGAGAAAAUGCUCUCCAAGCUGCUACCUGCAUUGGUUGGUUUUCAUUCCCAUCGCUAGUGCCCCUUCCAGCAGACAAGCUGGCUUGAAAUGAACUGGUUUUUUGAAUUACACUUCUCACACAAAUAAAACAUCUUUGUGAUUAGUACUAAA